GACGAGCUCGCACACUCGAACAAGUGAAACUUAAGACAAAACUCAUCCCAACGCGCAAGGACACAGAUAUUCUCACAAUGAGAGCUUUCGUGGUUAUGUCCGCAUUAUUGGCAGUGGCCUGCGGAAGGCCCGAACCCCCAAUCAGCGGUGGCGGCGGCGGCAGUGGUUACAGCUACAAUGCACCGAGUGCACCAAGCAACAGUUACGCCCCACCCAGCGGUAGUUACGGCGGCCCGCAGCCGCAAUACGGCGCGCCACCACAACAACCCACCGUGCACAAACACGUCUACGUUCACGUGCCGCCCCCAGAGCAAGAGUACCACGCACCACGCAAACCAAUUCAAGUAGCCGCCCCUCAGAAACACUAUAAAAUUAUCUUCAUCAAGGCCCCAGCACCACCAGCGCCAACCGCGCCAGUCAUCCCUCUGCAGCCACAGAACGAAGAGAAGACUUUGGUCUACGUUUUGGUGAAGAAACCGGAGGAAGCGCCAGAGAUUAACAUUCCUACACCAGCGCCAACGCAGCCGAGCAAACCGGAAGUUUACUUCAUUCGUUACAAGACUCAGAAACAAGAAGGUGGUUACCAAGCAUCCGGCGUCCCCGAAAGCCAAUACGGCGCGCCAGCAGCGCCCCCAAGCAGCGAAUACGGCGCCCCAUCAAGCGGCGGCUACUAAACACCCCCGCCAGAUCACACGCCCACGCCCACACAUCAACAACCAUUCGACGCUCGCCCCCUCUCACACAGGCGGCGACACUUGUACAGUCACAUUUUAUAUAUUAUUGUUUACGUUUAAUCUCUGUUCUAAUUAUAACCUAAACACUCGUGUUUUACUAUAAGCUAUAAUUCAUUUGUUCCGCCUCUUCGAACGAACACAUAUAGCCCCUAAAUAAGUAACAUAUGUAAACGUACUUAAUGUUAAUACGAACAAAGAAAAAAACGGUGAUAUAAUUAAGUAAAUCUUAUACAAGAGCUUUAUACAAAAUACGAUGUAAGACGUACGGAUAGAAUUUUAUUAAUGUUGUAUUUAAGAAGUUAGCAAGUAUGUAUUGAACACACAUUCAUUCGUCUACACGCAACACACAUCCACAUAUCCAUCACAUAUUAUCACACGGCGCGUAAGCCCAGGCGACGUGGUUAUUUUUACUAUCAUACGUACUUAUGCUUGCAUAUUUUAUACAUAUAUGAAUUGAUGAAUAAAUGAAUAUGAUUAUAAAAA